CAAUCGUCGUUGUGGUGGGUAUGAUUAAAACAAAACUCGAAAACUCCGGCGUCUGCUUACCGCUAUCAUCAUUCUACCGGGAAGAGGAAAAAGGGUUUCUUCGAUCGUUGAAGAGAUUCUUUGGAUCCGUCUCCUUCCUGGGCCAAUCUUCGAUUCAGCUCUCUAUUUUAUUUUAUUGGUUUUGCCAAAACCGUUUGAGAAGCUGCGAUGUUGUUUGAGAGGCUUACCAAGAAACCACCUUCGCUUGUUGAUCUUUGCGUUAGGAAAGCGAUUGAUAAUGUUAAGUACAUUGGAUAUGUUGGUGGGGUUGAUUUUCAGCUUCUUGAACAGAUUAUGCAGCAUUGUACACUAGAACAGCUGAAGCACAUAGAGGAUUCUACUCAAGACACAGAUCUUAGUCCAGUCACUGAUAAGUUUUGGAAGGGGUUCUAUGAGAAGCACUUUGGUGAAGAGGCCUUGAAUGAUACUAUGGAGGGGAUGAAAUUGAAUAAAGUAAAUUUCAAAUGGAGGGAUUUAUACGAGGCGAAGGUUAUACACAUAGAAGAAAAGGAGAAGAAAGUUGUGGAUCGACUGAAACAACGUUACAAGAACGAAGAUGAAAGAAAACAAAGUCGACAAACCAAGGUCUGCUCGAAAGCUCCUCCAAGCAAAAGACCAUUUUGGGGUAACAAUGCAACAGGUUACAAUCUUGGGCAUGUGAAGAGCAACAUCAUGAAGAAGGCAAAAAUAGAUCUGUUGAAGAGUCAAGAAGUAAAAAAUCUUACUGCAAUUAAAAGGAACACGAUUCAGAAGAGUUUCAGUGUUUCUACUCCAAAGAGGACGGGCUUAUCUGCUUCAACUUCAAGAAGCCUUCCUCAUGGUGGACGAAAUCUUACUGAAACGAAAAGGAACACGUUUCAAAAGAGUUUCAGUAUUUCUGCUCCAAAGAGGACUGGCUUAUCAGUAAAUUCGCCUUCAACUUCAAGAAGCUUUCCUUCUGCUGGACAAAAGCCACCUCCAAAGAGGAUCAGCAGCCUUCCUGCAACUGCUCCUUCAACUUCAAAAAAUGCAGCCGCCAGACAAAAACAUGUAAUGUAACUUAUAUAGCUUUUUUACAGAUCAUUUUUCUUCAAGUGUAUCAUUUACUUGGCUGCUCCAAGUUUCAAGAACUCCGAGUUUUGAAACUCUGUAGCUUGAUGAUAUCCUAUUCUGUAACAAUAGAUCUUUCAAAAGUUUCUCCAAUGAUUUAUUGCUUUGUUUCUACU